AUGACGAGCAACUGGGUUGAGAGCUUCAACAACACAACUAAGGAUGCAAGAGGCUUCCCGAUCACUGCUGCUGUAGCAUUCCUGAGGUCCAAAGUCCAGAAGUGGUUUGCUUCACGAAAAGAAAAAGCUGACAAGUGGACGAAACCCCUAGCACCAGAAAUGCAGGAGGACUUGACAUUGCAUUUUGAAAAAGGUCGGUAUUUGAACGUUGACUCAUGCGGGCCUUACACGUUGCAGGAGCGAAGUAUUAGCGCAUACACACUAUGCUCGCCAUAUUACAAGACUGAAUAUUGGAGGAGGACAUAUGAAGGAAUAAUUAUGCCAGUUGGUGACGAGGAUGAUUGGGAAUCGCCUGAUGACAUCAAGAACAUGACAGUUGGAGUGCCUGUUGACAAGCAACCAGUAGGGCGACCCAAGAAGCAAAAGGUUGGAAGAAUUAAGAACAACCAAACUGCUUGUAACGGUGAAAGGAUUAUCAAAUCACGUAAUUGUAACAAGUGCGGUGCCAAGGGGCACAACAGAAGCACUUGCAACUACCGAGGUUAA